AUGGCGACUGGGAAAGUGGUGGUGGAGAAAGUCGAAGGAAAGUCAACGGCUACGAGUUGCUUCUCUAAGUAUCCUCUCAAGUUUAUACUUCCUCGCAAGGUAGCUCCUGCCGGAACUGACGGAGAUUCGAUUUCAUGUGAAUUCACCAUUGGUGAUGGAUGCACUGCAGUGAUUACUACUCAGUCUUCUACUAAGGUGUACAAGGCAAUAGGAUCAAAGUGUUCUGAACAGUUAUUGGAAGCGAGAAUCGGUAGUGAAGCUCUUUUGGUUGUGGUUCCAGAUCCAGUGACUUGCUUCUCCACUGCUCGGUACUAUCAGAAACAGAUCUUUAGAUUGGUAUCAGACUCUAAUCUGGUUCUUGUGGAUUGGAUCACAAGCGGGCGUCACGCAAAUGGUGAAAAAUGGGAUUUCGAUUUUUACAAGAGCAUCAACAAUGUGUACCUGGAAAAUGAUCACCCUUUAUUCCUUGACACUGUGCUGCUAGAGAAGAGGAACAUCCAAAGCAUAGCAGAACGGAUGCAAGACUAUCACGCCAUAGCAAUGGUCAUACUCUUCGGGCCAAAGCUGAGGUUAAUCCAAAAGCAAGUCCAAGAAAACGUGAAGAAUAUGAUGUCGGAACAACUACAGAUCUCUUACGGUUUUCAAAGACACAAAUCUGAGUCAAGCUCUAGAAAUGGCUUCAUGAAACCAGAGUUCAUUGCUUCCUGCAGCACAUUUGGCCCUGAGGGAAAAGGAGUUGUGAUUCGAAUAGCUUCGGAUUCUACAGAGUCUGUCUACAAUUUCUUGAGGCAACAAUUGGCUGAGCUCGAACCACUUCUUGGUCAAUCUCCAUAUGCUUGA